AUGUUCCCUUCGGGGAAUCUUAUUGGGUUCAGAAAUGGACAACCAGUUUAUCAACAACAAAACAUACAGAGUGAUCCAAUAAAUUUACAAAUACCACAAGCAACCAAUAACCAACUACAGUGGCAGCCAACAAUGAUGAAGCAACCAGAAAAUGCAAUGAACAUGAAUAUGCCAACUAUGCAACAACAGUAUCAUACAACUCCUAUACAGACAGUAAAUACCAACCAGUUCAGCUCUCAACCAGUUCAGCAGCAAAUGCCGACAUCAAGUAAAAAUAGUGCAAAUAUCGAAGACAGAGAAACUCACUAUAUGACAUCAACCAGUGAAGAUGAAGAAGAAAAUCAGACAAACAGUAAAAACGCUUGGCAAGUCAUGGGAAGCAAUAAAAGAAAGAAAAUACAUAACAACAAACCAAAUCCAAGCGAAAUUGAAACAGAAAAAGGAAAGAAAAUGGAGACAAGACUCAACAAAAAACAAAAGGAAACAGAAGAACGUUAUAGCGAGGAAGGAAUAGAAAAUGUAGACGAAGAAAUUAGUAUUACAGAAACAACAAUCAAGGAGAGUAGCACAGAAAUGUCAACAAUGGAUAGGAUAUUACAAAUGCUACAGAUACAGACAGAAGAAAUAAAUAAAAAAUUAAAUGAUAACAGUCAAAGACAGGAAGAAAACAGUAGAAGACAAGCAGAAAAAAAUAAAAAAAGUAUAGACGAAAACAGUAAACGACAAGAUCUAGGUUUUAAACAAAUGGAGCAGAGACUAGAACAGCAUAAAGAGGAUUUACAAAUGUAUUUAAAACAGAUAAAACAUGAAAUAGAGCAGAAAACAAAGGAAAUUAGCCAAACUUUAGAAAAACAUACCAAGAAACUACAGAAUUUGGAAAAACAUGUAGAAGAUAGAGACGAGGAAAUAGAGGAUAGAUUUAAAAAAAUAGAUAAGAAACUAUUGGAAGUAAAAACACAACAUAAUACUGGAGAAAGAAGACAAGUAAUUAUAUACAAUGGAGCAGAAAAUAAGGUCCAAUUUGGCGGGGAUAUAAAGAAACAGCACCCAGUCCCGUUUAUUAGGAUGCUUAAAAAUAAAAAACAAGGAUAUGAAGAGUUUGAAGAGGCUAAGAAUAUGAUAAGGAAUCAUUUUAAGGAUGGAGCAGCAUUAUGGUUCGAGAGUAAGCAAAAUGAGUUGCAAGAUUGGGAAGAAUUUGAAAGAAAAUUUUUGAGAUAUUAUUGGGGAAAAGAGAAACAGAUGGUCGUGAAUAGUGAACUACAAAAUGGGAAAUAUGAUGAGAAACUAGGAAUAUCCGAAGAGAAAUAUGCAUUGCAAGUAUACGCCAGUGGGAAAUAUUUAAAUUAUAAUUAUUCGGAAGAACAGCUAGUUGAAUUGAUAGCAAGACAUUUUGACAAUACAAUGGAAGACUAUGUCACCUUGCAAGGAUAUAGGGACGUGGACAGUUUAUGCCAGUUCUUAGUUGUAAGAGAGGCUCGAAGAAAAGAAAGAAGGACACGUAGGCAAACGGAAAACAAUGGGAACAACCAAACAAACCGAAUACACAACUACAGACCGUCUCAUAAUGCAAAUACAUACCGAUACAAUGGAUAUAGGGAUAACGAAGGACAAAGAUAUACAAACAAUUUUCAUCAAAAUAGAUAUGAGCAGAAUAGAAAUGGAUAUCAGCAAAGUAGAUUUCAAAACAAUGGGAGAAAUUAUAACAGUCAACCAUAUCAGCCAAAUACAGGAAGGGAAAAUUUUAACAGAGGAAACCAAUAUAACAACCACAAUGGACAAGGAAGAGAACAAAACAGAGAAAUAAACAACCUAAGUUUAAUCAGAGAAGGAGAAGAUGAACAAGGACACCAAGAAAUAGACAAUGUGGAAGUAGAAAGCAAUAGAGCAGGGUCGUCUUUUCGGGAGAGCACUCACUAA